AUGUACUUUAAAAAGGCAAUCGAUGAACAUAUUGCAAAACAUAUUGGCCAGGUUAAUGCGAGCAUUCCCAAGAUUACGUAUGUGGAUCUUUCAAAUGACAGUGAAGUCAUCAACUCAAUAUCUGAUCUGAUGUCUCUUGAUACCCCCGUCUCAUCUGUAAUGCCCUCUUUACUGAGUUCAGAGGACCAAGAGGUGGAAAUUGUCCAGGGAAAAGAGAAGACAAAUGAGCCCAGGCAAGAUAUUGAUAUAGAUAUGGACAGUGGGUGGGACUCUUUCGCCAGACUUUCACCAUUGGGCCAUGAUAUCCUGAAAAAAUGCUUGAAAGAAGUUGACAUUUCCCCUCAAGAACAGUUAAAAGUCUAUAAAAUUCCUAAACUAUCCGAGAAAGAGAAAAUUAAAAGGAUGGAAGCAGCAAAGGAGUCAAUUGAGGUAAUAAACAAAAAAAGGGAAUCGAUAUUGGGAGAAACUGAAACAGCUAAUAAAGAUUUACUUCUCGAUGAAGAGCUCUUAAUACAUGAUACUCUUAUAACUGAUAAUAUGCUGGAAGAUUCUACUUAUCAAAGGAAACUGUUAACACCUGAACCAACAAAUACAAACCUUUCUGAUACAACGCCUGAGGCAAGAAACAAACAACCUUCCAAUGAAGAUGAACCAACAACUACACCAAAACUACAGGACACAAUACUGGACUUAUCAUUGAAGAAAGCUGGGAAGCAGCUGACUCUUGACAGAUGGUUUAAGUAA